AGACGUCCUAAUCGGGCAAUGGACCCCGAGGCCGCGGGCACGGGGCGACUACGGCAUCCAGUUUCUGCCAAUAACGCAGUGAGGGACAAUCUUGCAUCACAAUUGCAUAAGACAUCAAUCCCCGACUCACUGCAGAAUGGACUCGCCAUCGCCUCCAAAGGUUGCAGAUAGACUUGCACGUAUCAGAGAGAACCAACGAAGGAGCCGUGCCAGAAAGCAGGCGCAUACUCGCGAGUUAGAGCAGAAACUAAUCUCCCUACAGGAGCAAGUCCGUCAGAAGGAUGUCGAACACCGACUGACGGUCCAAGGUCUCGACGCAGAGAAUCGGAGACUAAGAAGUUUACUGUCGGAUGUGGGCAUAUCAUCCAAUGCGAUCGAGGAGUAUCUAGAAAAGACGGUGGAUGACCCAAGCCCAACGCAGAAGAUUGCCAUUCCCAGUCUCCCCCAGUCUGGCGUGAAGGCUCGAUCGUGUCGUGGCCGUGCCCAGCAGACUUGUCGUUCUGAGACCACUCCUGAUACUGCUGGAGUAUCGCCACCCCCAGACUCGAAGCCGGUCGAUAAAGUGAGCGAGUCUACCGUCGACCUGCCCGGUCACCCGAUGAAGAAUGAUCGAGAGAAAUCCCACGACCAGUCAGUUUGUGGCUGCUCACCCGACGAAAGCGGAACGUCAUGGCCGGAUAGUAACAGUGGAGAUGUCCUUAAUACCACUCUCUGCGCCAUCGCCGACGAACUCAUAACACAGUACAACACGCGGGGUGUCGAGCUAGACGAGAUCAGACGCAAGCUCUGGGAGGGCUUCUCCAAGGGCCUCACCACGGAGGAGGGGUGCAGGGUGCAGAACCAGAUUCUGUUCCAGGUUCUUGACGAGAUUAGCAACAACUAAGUUGCCUCUGUAACCUCUACAGCCAACUCCCAAGGGUCAGCCCCCUAGUUG